AUGGAAGUCGCGCAUCGGACUACAAAUUCACAGCGGCCCGCCUCUUGUCUCCAGACCAAACUUCAAGCUGCCGAAAAACUCAUCUCUCCAGGCUCCGUUCUUUUUGCUCACCGCAGCAAGCCUGCUGCUCUCGGACCUACCCACGUACGAACUGUUUCCCAAGAUAUGGACAAGAGACAUCCUAGCUCGUUCCAGCAACUGGAAAAGCUCGGAGAAGGAACUUAUGCUACGGUCUUCAAAGGCCGAAAUCGCCAGAAUGGCGAACUGGUCGCACUCAAAGAAAUCCAUCUAGACUCGGAAGAAGGAACACCAUCGACCGCCAUACGAGAAAUCUCCUUGAUGAAAGAAUUGAGGCAUGAAAACAUAGUCGCCCUACACGAUGUCAUACAUACGGAGAACAAGCUGAUGCUAGUCUUCGAAUACAUGGACAAGGAUUUAAAGAAGUAUAUGGAUGCGAGAGGACAACACGGACAACUCGAUCCGGUCACCAUCAAGUCGUUUAUGCAGCAACUGCUGAGGGGUAUUGCCUUCUGUCACGACAAUCGAGUGCUGCAUCGCGACCUGAAGCCCCAGAAUUUGCUCAUCAACUCGAAAGGACAAUUGAAGCUGGGUGAUUUUGGAUUGGCAAGGGCUUUUGGCAUACCUGUUAACACGUUCUCGAAUGAGGUGGUCACACUGUGGUACCGCGCGCCCGAUGUGCUGUUGGGAAGUAGGACCUACAAUACCAGCAUUGAUAUCUGGUCUGCCGGGUGCAUCAUGGCAGAGAUGUACACCGGCCGACCACUCUUCGCUGGAACCACCAACGACGACCAGCUACAGAAGAUCUUUCGAUUGAUGGGUACACCUUCGGAGCGAUCAUGGCCUGGCAUCUCCGCCUAUCCUGAGUACAAAGCGAACUUUCAUGUCUACGCUACGCAGGACAUGCGUCUCUUCCUGCCACAGGUAGAUCCGGUGGGGCUGGAGCUGCUGCGAUCAAUGUUGCAACUGAGGCCCGAGCUGAGGAUCAGUGCAACGGAUGCGCUACGACAUCCCUGGUUCCAGGAUCUGCCACAGCUCCAAGCACGGGCUCAGCAGGUGGCUCAACAGCAGCAGAUGCAGCAGCAGAUAAGUGGGGGAUACGGUGCUCCUGGGGUGCCACCGCAGACUGGGUAUUGA